AGAAACCGGAUGUAGUUAAGUUUGCUGUUCCCUGUGUUGUGUUGAUUUCUAGAAAGAGAAGGAAAAGAGGACUUGACGUUUGGAUUAGCAUUAGCAGCAUUCCUCGAGUUAUCGCGUCUCUUUAAGGUAAACCAUUUUAAGUCUCAGACGAGUGUCGAGGGAAGUGAGUGUUUUAAAAACGACACGCGUGUAAGAAAGACAUCCUCCGUAGAGUUAGCCUGUCUCAGGCUUUAGCUGCUCUGGAUGCUAGCUGCAGUGCUAACGUCAAAAAAAUCACGUCCCUAAUAACCCCAAAAACCAGGACUGCAACAUUUCACAGAUGAAUAUUGAGUAAUUUCAUGUGGGUAUCGCCCCUUAGAGUGUGGUCAUGUUAACAGCGUUGUGUAGAGUUUGACAGCUGCUGAGUCAUUAGCUAGCAAAGGUAACCGGCUAGCUAACCAUUGUUAAACCAAAGUGAAGCUGUCAGCCGGAUAAUCAGAUGAAAUAAACACUUAGUCAGGCUGUCCAGAACUCCAUACUGUUCUCAGUCAGAGUUAUUUUAUUUUGUUUAAUUCAUUUAAAGCUCAGGAGUUUUAUCUUACAGUUGUUAUUAACCAGCUGAUGGUUUGUAAGCCAGAGCCGAGUCACGUGUACUCUGGUUAUUUUAAUUUCAUUUCGUCUCUAGUGUCAGUGUGUGAGCUACUAUAAGGCAUUAGAUCACGACUUUAACUUCUGCUUUGUUUCAUUUUCUUUUUCAGAAUCUGGUGGCAACGUUUGAAGCAGUCCAUGGGAAAAAUCUAACAAUGUUCAGCUUUGAGGGAGAUUUCAAAACAAGACCCAAUGUCUCACUUGGUGGAGCAAGUAAAAAAGUAAGUGAACAUGUCUAAGUUAAAGGCAGAGAACGUGGAUUCUGACCAGCACAUUACCCAAAUAAUUACAUGAUGUCCCUCACUUAAAUUGGGACUGUCAAAGACCAAAGAAAGUUUCUUAAUUUUGUUAAAAAAACAUAUUUUUUAGGAGGAGAAAGCCUCUCUGCUGCACCGUACUCAAGAGGAGAGACGAAAAAGAGAGGUAACUUUUCAUUAUGAUGUUUUUUUUAUUCAGGUGCAGCUGUUGAAAAGCAAGUUUUAUACCACUGCAUAUGUUUGUUUCUCACAUUCACAGUAUUUGGAAGAAACUAGGGCCUGACCGAUUUUUUUGGGCCGAUGCUGAUACCGAUUAUUAGGGGGGUAAAAAGUCCGAUUACCGAUUAAUCAGCAGAUUUUAAAAUUUUUUAAUGAAACGUGUUUUCAACCCCCCCCCCCCCCCCCCCCCCUCGCUGAUUGGUGCCUCCUUGUCUUAACUUGCAUUACCCAUUUCUGGUCUCAUCUGGAGACAUGCACCUUCCCUUAGUAAGAAAAGUAGCUUGAUCACGUAAUGUGUACUGUUGUUUAUUCUACCGUUGCUGGCAAGACUAACAGUGUAGCAAGGCUAAUAGCAGACUGGUUUAUCCACCGUUGAGGUGGAUCACUCUCCUCCGUGCGUCCCUGUUCUGCCUGCUUCAGAUCCAUCGCUCUGCUGUGCUGUGCUGUGAGGUAGUUAGUGGAUGAAGAUUGUCAUGAGGUCGCUGCGCCAUUUACAGGAUAAGUCUGGGAUCUUUUCAAAUGGUGGAUCAUUUUCAAAGUGAAACCGGAUCUUAUUCUCCGCAUUUUAUUCUGAAAAUAUUGGUGAAAAUGGGCGAGUUUUGGCCGAUUACCGAUUAGUCUCAAAUGAGCUAAAAUUGGCCGAUUUAAUCGGCUCACAGAUAAAUCGGUCGGACCCUAGAACAAAGGACAAACUUUCAUAGUACUAAAAAAGCUACUCUAAAUUAUUGUGUUUCUUAACUACCAUUUGUUUUUCUGUUGGUGUAGUGGCGGCUCCUACAAUUAGGUUUGUAUCGCUCAUUUGCUGCUUCUGUCGCAGCAAAUUCCCCCUUGUUAUCUUAUCUUUUCAUAUCUUCUGCAGAACAAAGUUUCACACAUACUGUCCAUUAACUAAAAUGUAUAGGGGCUGCUUGGAUUCAGCCUUUGGCUACAGAAAUUCUGGAUUGUAUGUUGCUGACAGAGAUUUCUGAGUUUGUUACAAUCAUAUAAACAGGUUCCAUCAUUAAGAUGAGGACUGCACCUAAUCUUAAUGACUUUAAAACCAAACUCAAAACAUACCUUUUUAGUCUUGCUUUUAACUAAAUUCUGUAUUAUUAACUUUAAGUGUUUUAUCAUUUAUCUCUUUCUAGUUUUAAUGACAGGAUCGUCUUUUAUUGAGCUAUUUUGGUGCUCUUAUUUUAGUAUCUUUUACUUUUGUUUUUAUUUCAUCUUGUUUAUUAUUUCUUAAAUUUUUUUCGAUGUUGCUUUGUUUUUAUAUUUUUAACCUAAACCUCCAGUGUUUCCUUAUCUUGAGUUUUAAAAUGGUGUUUCCUCAAUGCGCACAUUCCUAUUUCCACAAAUCAAGCCCUUUUUUAAGUUUUUGCAUUUAAUACUGUUUUUGUUGCGUUUAGAUCGUGCGGUGGAAAUGAGGGGUUGGGCUGGGGUAGAUUUGGGUAUUCUUUGUUUCUUUUAUUCCUUUUUCUCAUGUAAAGCACUUUGUGCUACAUGGUUGUGUAUGGAAAGUGCUAUAUAAAUAAAGACUGAUUGAUGAUGGAUUAUUACUGACUAUCUUGUAGAUAUUUUAAUCACAGAGAGGUAUUUGCCUGCUUUUCUCAGUGCUUGAUUAUGCUUACUUAAAAUCACUUUCCACAUACUUUCUCCAUUACUCAGGAUGAAAGAAAACGGCUGAAGAAUGCCAUCAUCAUUCAGUCCUAUAUUCGGGGCUACCUGGACUUAAAACAACAGGUGAGUUUUCUUUCUUUAGAUUUCACAAAUUUCUUUUGAAAUUUUAGGAAAGCUGCACACUUAGCCAGUUGUUGUUGAGUCAAACAGUGACUUUUGGAAUGGAAUAAAAUCAGGUUAAGGGAACAGCCCAAUCAGGACAUACUUACAAGGAUAUAUAACUGAAUUGUUGCUUCCUUUCAUAACAUCAUGGAAGUGGGUGCUCUUUUACAGGCUCUUGCCACGUUGUACUGCCAUGUUUCUACUUUAGUGCAGAACAGACAAACUAGUAACACACAUUUUAGUGCCUGUACAAAAUGCACUGGUUAGAAGUCAAAGAAAAGAGUGUUUGAUUUGGACAGAAAAUUAACAUUGCUUGAAGUUUUUGAUUGAAUAAACUUGACAAAUGGAGGAGCAUGAUUAUCAUACAUCUCAAGAGCUCCUUGAUCACCAUAGUGUCACCAAAAGGAGAGGUUAGCAGGGCAGCAUUGUAAACUAUUGCUGAUUGCUGGAUAUCACUAAAUAUUCCCAUUUCUUCACAUGAACCUCUACUUCCAAAUAAAGAGGGCCAGUAAAUGUUUCACCCUAAAAGUCCCCUUUCCUUCUGUGAUGAUAGGAACAGCAGGUUUCUUGUUUUCUGUUUUGUUUUCAGAGGCCUGGACAUUGUAAUGAUUUUUGAUUAACCAAUCACAAUAAUUAUGUGGAAAGGCCAAAGUUAAGAGUGUUAUAGACAUUUUGGUUUUUUUUAUUUUUCUUGAAUGUUGAAUUGACGGUUUGAUUCAGGAAUAUGUUUUCCUCUUUUUUUCACUUUGAAAUUAAACAAUGUUAAGUUAUCUUAAAAUGUUAAAAUGUUUAUCUAAACGCAUUGAACUAGAGAUGUGUAAUAUUUGAAAUAUGUGACCUUUGAACUCCUUUCAGUAUGCUAUCCAGAGGGCCAGGUUUGAUGAGUGUGUCAGCCAGACACUUUCAGGGGGAGCACAGCAUUUUUUGGAUGGUCCCGGUCUCAGCCUUCUAUCAAGACAGCUCAUAUUUUUCUACAGACAGAGUUUGGAUUCACAUAGAUUGGUGAGGUUAAGACUUAUCUUUGAUUCUCUUUUUAAUAAAUGUACCUGUGCUACUUAUUCUCUAAAUUAUUUCCAUUUGUGUAUUCCCAAAGAUAUGGUUGUGCCAGAACCUUGUGAAACUCAACAGCCAGUUUGUGAAGCUGCUUGUGGGCCAACAGAGAGAUACGUGUUUGUUUCAGAUCAAGAGGAUCUUGGGUUUCUGCUGCAGGUACAGUGCUUGAAAAAACGAGCAGAAUCAUACUUUGAUAUGACUUUUCGUAAAUGGUAUGGUAAAUGGUCUGUGUUUUGUCUCUACAGACUGCUACAGAACUGCAGUGAUGAUGGUUUAAAUGUGGCUGUUCCCAUGCGGAUGCUAGAAAUCUUUUCUUCAGAGAAAACGUAUCUUCCGGUUAAUCCAGAUGCUAACUAUGUAGCUUCAUUACUCGAGCAAAUUUUGCACUAUAUGGUACAGAAAGGUAAGAUCACACACGCUUAGACACAAAAAAAAACUUGUGAAGGAGUGUUUAGAGGAGGUGAACUGAUGAUGACUAUUUGUGCUUUUCUUUCAGGAUACUACAGAUCGCUAUAUAUUUUAGUGAAUCACAGACUCCCUUCCAGUCUGGACUACAGCGAUGCUCCCUCUGUCCCCCUAGCAAGCACACUGUUGGAGCACAUUCUCAAACCUCUGCACUUUACCUACUCCUCCUGCACAACGGGCGCAAGGUACAGCAUCAUUCUGACACAACUAGUACACCCAGAGUAGGAAGUAUUAGGAUACCCACUCAUGUCAGGUUGCAAAGUGUGGUCUUGUGAUUUCCUGCCAAAUUCAAAUAUUUACUAAUUAAAUGUUUUUGUUUUUUUUUGUUUGAGGGAAGAGUAUGUCAGGGUCAUUUAAUUUAUUUUCAUCUACUAUUUCUUUCAUAAAGGGAUGUUUUUGAAGGGUUGUGUACUAGGUGAUAGCAGCUGCACUCCUUCCUUUUUUUAUAUGGCUAUCAGAUUAUUCUCUAUUUACAGCACAGAUAGGUCUUAACCCAUCGGGAAAGUCGGGAUAGACUCAGGUUAGUGAUCUUACAAACUUCUGCUUAUUAGCCAGAGAAGUCACGGCUGAAUUAAAGCAGGACAGGACAGUCCUUGUCCCUUGUGAAUUCUUUAAAAAUCAUCCAUUAAGCCGAUCGGACAAACGACAGCAGUUUUUUGUCCCCUUUGGUCAGUAGCAAAGCAGUAAUUGCUCGGAGGACCAAUUUACAACAAGCCAUAAAAGACCCCGAGACUCGCUUGCUCGCCAGAGUGUAGAGAAUCAGGCUGUUUGCCCUCAGUUUCGGACAUUCUUAAUAACAAACGGCAGGGAACUUCUUUUCUUCUUUGAAGAGACCCAAGACCGGAGUGAGAGUAACUUGUGUACACACUGACUCUUACAGCUAAUUAUCUCACUCAGCCCACCAGAUGUGUGUGACUGGACCACACAAAGCAGCUCUGUUUGGAGACACAAUAUUGGUGCAGAAUGAGCAAAGUGAUGUUAUAACAAACCAGCCUCUUGGUUAAUUUCUGCCUGAAUGUAAAGCAUUCAGAAUUGUGUUUGUGUUGUUUUAGUCACAUAUUAGGUGGACGCAGUGUCUUUACUUGUGUCACGUCUUUUUUCUCUUUCAGGCAGUUUGUAUUUGCAGCCUUCACCGAGGAGUUUAUCUCUGCACCGUUCACCGAGCAGAUCUUUCACUUCUUUAUCCCGGCACUCUCUGACGUGCGUCUGUCAUUCCCAUUCGAGGCCUUCUUGAGCUCCCUCCAGGCCACCGUCAGCUCAUCUUCUUCACCACAGAGCCAGGCGCCGUGGGUGUUGUACUUUGUCCUUUCUGCAGGGGAGAACUGCUUAGGUGGGUGGUGUUAAAAUAAAGACAGGCUACUUAAACUCUUGGAUGAGUAGAGAUGAAGAGAUGUCUUGAUUAUUACUGUGCGUUUUCAGGUUCCCUAUCAGAGGAGGGUCUCCUGCUGUACCUUCGAGCUCUGCAGACUCUGCUGCCGUUGUUGCCUGUGUCUGAGAGCAGCAGUCGGCCUGAAGUUAACAGCGACUCAGAGGAUGAAGAUGACACUGGCAUCCAUCCACCACCCAUGCAGGUACGAUGCACACAGAAAGUAGAUUUGGCAUCAGUUCCCCAUGAAUAUCUUCUUGCCAGGCUGAGUCAUUAAGUGUUGAACAAUUGUCAGAAAAUUUUUACACGUUUUUCCAAAAUGUUGGAAAAGCCUAAACAAGUCUAAAUGAACACAUGAAGGCUUUUUAUCUUUAAAAUCAACUUAUGUUAAAUACAGAACACAGCAGAAAUUGAACAUAUGUUUAGAUAAAAAGUAUUGAGUUUUUACUGAUGUCUUCACUCACCAGCAUGUUUGCUCAUUUUUACAAAUUCUCAUUUUUUUCUUCUAAUUUUUAAAUGUUUCCUUUUCUGUCAGGAUGACAGCAGGAUCUCCGUGCAGCUGAUCACAGAAGAAUGCGUCCACAAGCUCGACACAAAGCAUCAAACGAACGCUCUACUCAACGUUGUGUGGAGGGACUCGGCCAGCGAAGAGGUGUUCACAAUGAUGGCCUCCAUCUGUCACACGCUCAUGGUGCAGCAUCGCCUCAUGGUACCAAAAGUCAGGUACGAAUACACAAAUCAGAGGAGAUGUCUUUAUUUAGUGAAAUCCUGAAAGCUGUUUAAAACAUCCAUCUGUUUCUUUAUAGUUAGUGUAAUUCUUAUUCAUUUCAGAGGAUGUACUCUUGGGUUCUUGCAGUAAGGUAUUUUUUGUAGUGUAAAUAUAAAAAGCAAAUCAAGGGUUUCCCGUUUAAAACAGGGCGUGACAUCAGAUUUAAAGCCCUUCUCAGUUUUAUUUCAUAUCAUAACAUUUUACAUGUCUUGUUGAGCACUGCUGCUUCUAGAGAGCUUGUUUACACAUCUGCCUGAUUGAGAGGAAAACUGUGUCUUUAUGUGUUUCCGCGCUGUAAGCAAUAAUGUAAAUAACGGUGAAGUGAGGCGGGCAGUUAUCAGCGAUCCGCACCCACUGGCAUUUACAACCGACAAAGGAAGCAAGGAUGUCAGGGAAACUGUCAGCUCUGGAUGAGGGCAAUUACCCCUUCUCAGGUUGAUUACAUUAGGGCCAGGAUGCCAGAGGUGGUGUGUGUGUGGGUGGGUGGGGAGUGGAUGGCGAAUUGACUGACAGGAGGUGAUCUAGACUGCUUCGUGGAUGGUCAACCCGCUCUAGUUAAUUAUUAGUAGAGCUAGUUGAUUUAAAUGUGUGGCUGGAGGGGGUUGAUGCAUAAAAAUGUUAUAUUGUGUUGAUAUACCACUGUUAAUCUGUUUUAUCACUUUGAAGGCCCAGACUUAGACAGGACUGAACAGAAAGGAUGAAAACAAAAGGCUGAAGUCUGAUGGUCAACCAGUUAUUUUGCAGUUUCACUUGCAAAUGAAUAAACAGAAUCCAGAGGAUUCCCUUAUUCGCCUAAUUUUUUUUACAGCUUCCUCCUUCUCCCUGCUUUUACCAUAAAUCCUGCCCUUCGUCUUCCAUCAUUAUUGGAUAUCUGUACAAAAUAAUUAGCUCACCGAGAAAGAUUAAUCACUGCAGGAGUGGACGGGAUAGCUUUACAAGAGGCUAAGGGGAGCAAAUUGCAUCCCUGCCUUGAUUUACUGCUUGUACAGCAAAAAAAGAGAGAGAGGCUGGCCAGUUGUCCGACUGGACCGGCACGCUGCCUUUUAAUAAAUAUGUAAAAUGUCUCAUGAAAUUAGUAUUUUUGACAAACUAGAAACUUCACAGUGGAAAUUGAUUUCUGAUUGGUGUGCUAAUUGUUUAGAGGUCUGGUUUGUUCUAGCGAGAAUGGUGUAAUUUUACUUUAAUUGUUUAGGAUUGGAUAUUUGGUGUAAUUUCUCUUUAAUUGUUUGGCUUCGCUAAAUGUAGCACCCUGUUGCUAACAGGACCGGCUCAGAUUAAAGUAGGUGGAGAUGAGCUUUGGUCAUUUAUUUAGUUUUCAGUGGUAGCUGUGAUUUUUGUGUGGCAGUGGUGCCGAUCAAGCAAACACAAUAGUUGUUUCAGGUUUUAUUGUAUCAAAUUCAACCUGAGGAUGGCUGCUUUAGUUUCUGCUGAACAGAGAUUCUUUCAUUACCUCGAAAUGAAAUGAUCUGAGUGUUAUACAUCAAGCUGCUUCACACAGACACAUACACACACACACGUAACCCCUUUUGAUGUCUUGACUUUGUUUAUUAGCGGUUCAUUCCAUGAUUGAAAUGGGGGUUUGGGUUCUCUCAGGCCGUAAAUCAGCAUGUCAGCUGGCAUUUAGUGCUUUGUUUCCCAUUUCAAUCAAACACUCGCAUCACUUGUUAUGAGCCCACCGCACUACUCCUCGCUUCUCUCCUGAGCCUUGUAGUCCUGACAGAUGGUGUGGGUGCUCGGUAAACCAUUUUUCAAGCCAUACUGAAGGCUGUCUGACACCCCGGUCCUGGCUCUCAUUUCCAUUUUGGGAGUUUUGAAUGGGUUUCUGUUGAUUGAAGGUGGAAUGGGAAUUUAAGCGUUGACAUUGAGAAUAAUCAGAGGACUUUCUUCCAGCUUAACUUUUCCAUCUCCUCUUGUGUUUUUUUUUACUCCACUGACCUUUACCCCUCUCUUCUGCUGAGAAUAGAUGCCGCCCCAUUAAACCAAGCAUCCUUAUAGGAGUCAGCACUGUCACUCUUAAACAAGGGUCUAUUAUAUGCAGGGGCACUUUAUUUUACUUUUUAGCUUACUUAACACGUUAUUGUCACCUGUACUUACUCUCUGCGUGAAAAGCCACGCAAUUUAGGGACACACACACACUCAUACACUUGAACAAAGAGCAGCUUCACACCUCGGUGCCACAGCACAGCGGCUUCAGCGAGGUAUGCAGGCCUUCCUCGGCGUUAUCACGUAAUUCACUGUGAGUGUGGAAGCAUGCUGGCACUGCGGGGUCACAGCAAGGACCAGGCUUCCCCUCCUCCUCCGCCCUCCAUUGUCCUGCGCCCCUGGCCAUUAAGUUAAAUGGGGCUCCAGCAGGAAGCCAGAGGGCUGUUUAUGACCUGAGCCUGGUACAUUCGCCUGCAACUAGUUUACUAAUGGAAGGUGCCUCGCCUAAAUAAAGCUUAAUGGCUCAUUUAAUCUCUCUUCGGUCCUCACGAGGUAUAAAAGGGGAGAGAAAAGGCCAAGAAAACGCAAUGAGGGAAAUGCUGGAUAACAGGGAUUUUACUUGUGUCCUCUUGUUAACGGGGGAAUGUUAACAAUCCAAACAUAGCAGACAGAUUGACGCAGAGCAAUUUUACCUUGUUUGCUCUGAUUGAGUCAUCUGAUUGAAAUAGCCCUGUUACUCCCGUCAUCUUGUUGUUGAGAGCCAUGUUAAAAUCGAUGUCAUCUUCUUUGCUCUCCGCAGACUCCUGUACAGUUUAGCUUUCAACGCACGCUUCCUGAGGCAUCUGUGGCACCUUAUAACAUCCAUGACGACGAAAAUGAUCACCGGGUGAGCUCAUUCAAAGACGAUCAUCAACUGUAUCUGCGGUCAUACAAUCAUUUAACCACAUGUGAGUGUUGCAUUUCUGUUUAUGUUCAGUUUUUCCUCAUACACAGUCUCUCUUUCUCGUCCACAGCUCCAUGGUGCCUUUGCUACAGCUGAUCUCGCGAGGGUCUCCCAUGUCGUUCGAGGACUCCAACCGCAUCAUUCCUCUCUUCUAUCUCUUCAGCUCUCUCUUCAGCCACUCCCUUAUCUCUGUGCAUGACAGCGAGUUUUUCGGUCAUGAAUUGGAAGGUAGAGGAUUCGAUCUUGAAAAAUGUAAUUAAGGAAUCUUUACUUUGCACCCCCCCACCCCCACCCCCAAACUUUUCUUGGUAUGCUCUCUUUAUGUAAAUGCAGAAAUGCAGUAACUCAGCUCGGCUGCUGAGUUACGAGCUCAUCAGUUAUGUUUAUACGCCGUAUGUCGCUUUUGCAGACACAUCCAAUAAUCUCUGAUAACUAUUUAACAGAUGCUGGAGCUAAUUGGAAAUCGAGCCACUUUACAAUACGUCCUCUAGAGUGAGCUCAGACCUCAUUAACCAUGGUGUCUUAUAGCAGAAGCAUCAGUUAGAUUUGAAAAGUUAUUCAUCGUCCAUCUUUGGUUGCUGUUCAUCGGUCUCGCUCACCUUCUUUUUAACUGAAAUGAUAGAUUAUGAACUCUUUAUUAACCACCAAGUUUCCUGCCCCAGGGUUCCUAUGCAAGUAUUGAAAAGUAUGGAAAUAAAUUUGAUCAAUUUUCAGAUCUUAAAAGGUAUGGAAAAAUAUUUAUGUUUCCAGACUAUUACCACAAUUCUGAAAUACUGUUUUCUAAAAUAGAAAAGUAGUUUUUUCCAAAACUAAUUCUAAAAAGAAAGGUUAUGGAAAUUCCAACUGUGUAGGAACCCUGCUGCACCCUCUUGUGUGGCUUUCAGGAUUUUGUCUUUUCAACACCUUAUACCUCAUUUUGCUCAGUCUAAGCCUCAUGUCUUCUUUCAAAGUCAUCAAAAUUUUAAAGGUGAAUGUAAAAUAUACUUGUCAGAGCUAACAAGAUGGCAAACAUUUUUGCCGAGUCAUUCUUGAACCGAUCUUGAGAUAAAGACGGGCUUUAAAAACCCUUAUCCAGUUUAUUGGUUGAAUUGUAUCUAUUUGUACUUAAUUGUGUUUUUAGUUUUGCACACAAGUUAUUAGAUACUUUGAUAAAAGGACACAUGUUUUAUUUGCAUGACAUAGAGCAUCCAAAGAUCUUCAGUUGGGCUUUAAAGUUUGUAGUUUUGUUUUUUCACUGCAAUUUUAGGAAUUAAAAAAACAGUAUCAUAGUUUGAUGGACUUUGUUGACCUUAUUGUGUUUGACAGACAUAGAUAUUUUUGGUCUAUCUAUGAGGAUUUAGUGCAUCUCAAGUUCCUCAUUUAUUGUUUCUGUUGAAUCAAACCUGAGCUGCUUAACCUGACCUACUUUUGAAUCUUUCUCAUUUAGUAGUCCUAGCAAAAAAAUAUAUACAUCCCAUCAUCUGUUGUUUCCAGCAGCCACAGAGUGUCUUGCCACCAUGUAAAUGUAAAAAUCAAUAUCUGUUAAACACUGUGAAUCUAUUCUGGCUCCCAACAGGUCAGACACAGUCCUCCAUGAUGCCCUUCACGCUGUCAGAGCUGGUGACUUUGUCCCGCUGUCUGAGGGACGCGUGCCUGGGAAUCAUCAAGCUGGCCUACCCUGAGACCAAAACUGAGCACCGGGAGGAGUACAUGGCUGCUUUCCGCAGUGUGGGUGUCAAGACGAACACCGAAGUACAGCAACGUAUCCAGGCUGAGCAGAAACGCUGGGUCCAGCUCUUUAAGGUAAAAUGAAAAACACAACCUGGAUGUUAUGAACAUGUCGCCUUUCUUCUAUUAAGUAACCAUCAUGCCUGUUGUGCCACCUUAUAAACACUUAGAUUGGUCAGCAAUCAUUUGAUUGGGAAGUGUCAUUCUGUUAAGCGUAAGAAAUAAAGUGGGAGGGAUUUGAAGGCAACAUCACAAGCAUGUGAGUGAAAAUGUUUGCUGAAAAAAAAAGAGUGAGUGUGAUUAUUAACAAUGUGGAUAGUGCACCAUACAAUAAACGGUACGAGAGGUAUAAGUUUAAGAAGACGAAUAUUACACAUAUAGCAGAAAUAUUUACUUAACAUAUUUUUUAAGCAUAAAUCAUGAAAGAUAUUUUGAACUUUAAUCACUUUAUUUUGCACUAAUCUGUUUGUCAGUCACAGGAUAAAUGUACUCUGCUGGAAAGAGAUGGCAAUUCCUGUAACUUUGAUUUUCCCAUAAAAGAGGUGUAGUUACAUCUGCGGAAUACUAAAAAUGAUCAGCUGGAACAGAAAAAAGAAAAGAAAAUGUUUGCAGACUCUGUAGACUUGGCUGUAUUCACACUUGAAAGGCAAAAGUGACCUAAAUCCAAUUUUCUUGACAAUUUGAACACUACAAUCUCUUGAACUCCUUUGGUCAGAUUUGGGCCACCUUUAUAUGCGAUAUGUGUGUACAGGUUGGCUCUUUUGCAAUGUGAUCUCAGUCUGAUCAGCCAGGUCAGAAUGCAUGUGACUUCGAUGUCACUCUUAAGGAACACGCUUGAGGUCAGGUGGGAGUUGGAGUCACUCUUGCUCGGUGAAAACAAACCUAAAAGACAGCUGUGAUGGAGGUCCUCAUAUGAAUUCAACAGCUUCCAUUGCAACUUAAAUUUGCUCACUUUGGUGGUGGCCGUGCUUGCAUUAACGCUGCAACAUUUGACAUCUUUGUUGUUGAUCUUAUGAACAUGCAGUUUAGAAAAAGAAGAGAAAUGGGAUCAUUUUUAAAAGUUAUGUGAACAGUCCAAGAAAAAAAGGGCCAUGAGAAACAAAUCUUCAUUCUGAAUUUGAUGUUUUUUUAAUUAACCCUACAAAAGAAAUCUAAUCUUGGAAAGUUGCUUGGACCAAACAGAAAAAAAUGACAAAUUUCUGUUAUGUUUGUUUGAAUUCUUGUGUAACCUCUCUGUUCACUGAAGCAAAGAGUCCGUCUGCUCAUCUGUGUUAGUGAAAAUCAAGCUUUUAUGCAUGAGCAGGCAAAGACAAGGUGGAGCGCUGCCAUGGAGGUCAUCCAUUGCUUAUUUACUGAGAGGAAAUGAGGCGGAAAACAGCAUUAACUUAAUUCUCCUCAGCUCUUUUUCUCAUCGCGCAUCACCCUUCGAUUUGGCCUCUUCCCCUCUUUUCUCUCCGUUCUCGAUCAAGGAAGCGGUAAUUAAGGGACUUUGUUCUUGGCCGUUAGUCUCUGACAGGAGAAACACUGGACUUCUGUGAAGGUGGCAAAAAUGUGAAGAGCACGUUGGUAUUUUCAUAAAAGAUCUGCUCAAAGGCCCCUUGUCAGCUAAAACGACCCAUUAAAGAAGUGGGGAGCAGGGGAAAUGCAUUUUCCAAAUUGAACGGUGGGAUUUACAGUCCGUUUAACGCCGCUGACCCCUAACACGCUAAUGUUUGGUUCGUGUCAUCAGCCGUUCCUCCCCAUCUUUUAUCACCUCCAUUGUCGAGCUAUCUAUUUAAUUGAAAGAAGUUAAUUGAAUGAAAAUGAUCAACUAAGCUUGUAUUAAUAUUGCUAAUGGAACUUUCUUCUUGGCCAUGUUUGGAGAACGAUGUCACGCUGGAGUUUGGGAAAGGCCCAUUAAGACUUGCACUUAACCCGAUGGGCUAAUUAAGGAAUGCUUAUUCAUUCCUAGAGUCAGGGGGUAGGCCUGCUCCAAACCCAUCGCCACGCGCCUCUUACAGCAUUUUGCACUUGCCAUUAUUGCCGACGACGGUUGCCUCGUAGUGAUUGGCGAAGAUUGAUUGUUGCUCUAUGAAAAUGAUGUGCUUUAGAGGCGAACUAUUCGAUUGGAAUACUCUAACCUGGGUAUUAUAUGGAAAUGGACCGGCUGAAGCAGUUAUUGGCAGAUGUAACAGCUUCCAUAACGAAUCUUCGUGCAAUGACAUGCAUGAGGUUAUGUGUCUGAUGGGGACUAGCCAUAGCAACAGCCGGCUGUGUCCAGCUAAAGCCAAGUCACCGUGCUGUUUUGAUGUCCAAAACCUAGAUUUUAAAGUCGAUAUUCAGCUUUAUUUUCCGUAUGAUAAACUCGGACAAUUUAAUCCUUUGCUUUUCAUAGAAAGUAGAAUAAAAAGCACAGGAAGAGAUUGUUGAUGGAGUUUCAAAACACAUUCAGGCUAAGAGAAGUCCAGACAGAAGGCUACAGUUCAUUCAAGAUCAUAUGUUUUGAGUACAGUCUUUAAAACGCCAUCAUAAAUGUCUUAAAUGACAUAGAGGAGGAAAGUCUUAAUAACAACGAAACUUCUCCUGAAUAACCCCAGUGCCUCUCUGGUACUGACUUUGCUAUGAACGGUGUGCUCCAGCAUCUUUGCAUACUCUGCCUGAUGGCUGAUGUCAGCAGACCUCAUCUGUAAUUAACAGGGCUGGACAUUGAGGGACGUCACAGGUCGUUUUUCUUUUAUACUCCCCAUAAAUGGUGCACUAAUGGCUGAAUUCUCAAAUUGCCUUUCUCUCUCUCCCUAAGGAAAGACACCUCACCUUACUGAGCAGUCUAUACACAAUAGAGAGGAGGUUUUAGGUCUAUGCUCUUAAAUGUAUGUCAUGUAUAUUAAAAGACAUGUUUUUUUUGUUUGUGUGUAUGAUCGAUAAUCCAGGUCAUCACUAACUUGGUGAAAAUGGUGAAAGCUCGAGACAUCAGACGACCCUUCUGUCCAGCAGGUCACUGGCUCUCUGAGGAGGUCAACAUCCGAGCAGAUAAGGUAAUUGACUGGCAUCGUAGGUGGUUAGAUUUAAGGUUUCCUCAUUGUUGGGACUGAUACUUUGACUUAAGCCUUUUUGUGAAAUGCAAUACCCCAGAAUUGAGUAAUUUUUAGGUAGUUUAGCCCCUAAGGUGUUCUAGUAUCAGAAGUUUUUGUCUCCAACAGCAGUGUUAGUGAUAUGUUUUCAUUACUCCGCUCCUUUUCUCUGCAGGUCACCCAGUUAUACGUCCCAUCUGCGAGACACGUGUGGAGAACACGAAGGAUGGGGCGCAUCGGGCCACUUCAGUCCACACUUGAUGGUAGUUACUUGAUGCUGUAAAACAUCUUUGACCCAAGAAGUCUUACCUGGAAAUAACUUAAUUAAUAAUCCCUAUUCUAUGUGUCAUUUUUCUAUAGAAGAGAAAUCUUCUGCCUUUGUGUUCAGAUUAGAAAAGAAACAUAAAUAUGCUUGGAAAGGUUUAAAUCCUUUUAGAUAUUUUGGUUUUCAUUCUCCCCUUAAUGUGAAUUGCCUUCUUUUUAAUAGCCCAUAUCAAAGCUGCUCCUUUGGCAAUAAAAUAAAAUUUAAAAUAGUACACAGUAAUUCUUGCGUCAGCUUGAUGCAUAGCCCAGGAAAUCAUCCUAAUAGCUGCUCAAAGUCACCUUCUGCCUGCUUGCUUUUCACAUUCAUUGAUGUUAUUCUCCAUCAAAAGGAAAUAUCUCUAUAGUUUCUCUGAACAGAAGUGUUUAUAGAUGGAAGAAAAAAAAAAGUAAAGGUACAAAUUGAACUGUAAAAUGAUCAUCUGGGAAGCCAUUGAUUUUGCUGUUUUUGGCUGCAUGGGAGGCCUCAUAAUGUAAAGAUAUCCCUAGCUGUGGUUGGACCUCAAAAAAGCUGAGAACAGUCACUGACCCCUUCUGGUACCUACAGAUUUAUCACUGCGUUUAUCAAAGGGAAAUACUCUGAUGCUUGCAGGCAGGGAUUCAUCCGGCUUCAGUGUGGUGUGAAAACAAGCUGAUAACAAUGUGUGUAUGAUCUGCCUAAUCCCACUCAGAGGCAGCAUGGGAUAAAUUCAAUUAGUGUGAAAGUACCUGAUGAACUCAGCCACAUCUGGUCCAUGUGUUUGUCCAGCCUUUUCUCAUUUCCUUAAAUGGACAGGCUCAUGGCUGAUGAAUGCGCAGCGUAUUGACCACUCUGAGGCCAUAUUUCUCCUCAAAGAUGGAAACCUGAUGGGAAAAUGCAGAUCAGACUGACUAAUCGAGCAGAAUAAUUGAGCUGCAGUGGACGCUAAGUGAGGAAGGUGAAGAGUGGUUUAGCCAUUGGGGCUUUUUUUGUGGGCUAAACAGUCUAAACCCAGAGUUUGAUACAGAACAAACAUCAGCUUAAUGGAUGGAGACCAGCAGGUGGAUGGGAAGCUCACAGUUGGGUCAAUUAAAAGGUGUAAUUAAGAAUGUGCCUUAAUGGCUGGUCCAUAAACAGUAGUGUGUGCAAUGAAGAGGAUACUGAUACUGCUGGAUAAGUGUUAUACACAGAGGAAGCUCCUGACGUUGGGGAGUUAAAUUCCCCAGACGUAGGCUUUUUAACCUUGGGACAUUAAAUCAGGAACAUCUCCCAACUACAGAGAAGAAACUUUAGCCUAAAAUGACAAUAAAUUAUUCAGUUUGAAAAGUGUGUGGAAGUUAAUUAAGGAUAAGUCCAUCAAAGGAAUCCCAAAUAGAGUGCAGUACCUGGAUCAAAUAUGUUUUAAGUUUAUGUAGAUUACAUUUUGCGUCUAUCUACAUUUCAAAAUGGACUUCAAUUAAAAUUUCUGCAUCAAUCACUUGUCAGAAUAAUAAAGUGCUAAGUUACACUUGAGUUACUGUUUACAAAAUCAUUUUGACUGUAUUAUACAUUGUGAAAAAUACAAGAUUUAAAGCUGUAAUUACUAAUAUCAGGAGAAUAAAACUCUGUAAUUUCUCUCUUUUCAGUUGGUUCAGAACCUCCACAGCUAUCCGUGUCUGAGGAGAGACAUCUGGCCAUCCUCACUGAGCUCCCUUUCGUGGUUCCCUUUGAGGAGCGAGUCAAGGUACUGCACAUCUUCCCUAUAAAAAAAAACUUUUUCACAGGUCUCUCUUUAAGGAUCAUAAAAGGUAAACAGGUUGAAGACCCUUUUGUUAAGGUGGAACAGUGAAGUAGACCAUAAUUCACCAGAUUUUCACCUGGCAUUGUAGUCCCUAUAGGAAGCUCAAAUGUCAGUGCUUUUUCACCAGCACCUGUCUGUCUGCUCACACAACAGAAGUGUGCUAACAAUCGCACAAAUGAUGGUGAUGAAGAGAAAUGUACAGCAUCUUACUCGCCAGCUUUUUAACUCAGGGCUAACUUCUUUGUCUUAUUACUGUUUUGGAAGAAUCAGGAGAAACUUAGUUGUGUUUUUAUUGACAUUAAUGUUGUAACACUCGUCCUCUCCUUUGUCUGGAAGUUGUGUCAAAUCACUCAAAAUUAUAAAACCAAAUUUCUACUGAUUCAUGUGGGAAAAAGUAAAGAAGAUUCAUGGGAAAUUGUAUUUUAAAGGAAGUGAAAUAAAAGGAGAAGUUGUUAGAAAAAUAAAAGUACAGAUACUCCCAAAAUGACUUGCAUAACAAAGUACUUUUACAUUGUUACAUUUCAGUACUGUGAGGUACACCUUUGAACAGUCGUGUUUGCUUUGGUGUGACUGGUGGCUGCUAUCAGCCUUUUAUUAACUUGAAAUCUGGAACAAAGCAUUACAGUGUUUGAGUUUCCACGUUCAGUGUGACACCAGAGGAAAUGAGUGCCUCAUGAAUACAGUGAAAUGUCCUUCACUACUGCUCAGUUCUUAUUGGGACUCAAAUUUAAAAAAGGUAUUAGGUAUCAUAUUAAUAUUAUUGGUUUUGUUUAGGUGUUUCAAAGUGUUCUUUAUAAUACUUAUAAAUUAGGUAGCCAUCAGGGUAAACUUUGAACUUUUUGAAACCAGUGUUUUGUCAAUUGAGAGAUAAGUACUCCUGUGCUCUUAAUCAACAUAUUUCUACUUUCUCUGCCUGUUUAUCCUCUAAAAAUUGUAGAACUAAAAAAAAAAGAUGGUAAAAUACAGAAAAUGAUCACCUAAAGCAGACUUCAUACUCAGAAUGAAGCAUUGUACAGCUGAUAUGAUUUGCCACUCACCUUUUACACCUGUACAAUAGAUCUUCCAGAGGUUAAUCUACGCUGACAAACGGGACGUGCAGGGAGACGGGCCAUUCCCUGAUGGCAUCAAUGUCACCAUCAGACGCAACUACAUCUACGAGGACGCCUAUGAUAAACUCUCUCCAGAAAACGGUAACAGUUUCAUACUCGUCUGUUCAAUAUGUGCGACCCAAACACUUCCAGCUGUAUGUUUGUGCCACCAUGUGAAAUUUCCUGCUUUUAUAUUAGAGAGGAGAGAGAGAGCACAGUGUAGUAAAUGUUACUGAAACUCUUGUUAUGCUCUAUAAAAUCUUAACAUUGAGGUCCAGGCUUCCAGUUAGCAUUAAAGCUGAAGGUUAGACCUCUCCUUGUGCAGAGUAUUGAAUUUCGGUGAAGCAUAAUUGUGGCUGCGAUUAUUAUAAUGGAUCGCAUAAAGGCAGAAUCAAUUAUUUUAAGUCACCUCUUUUGUGUUUGAAUUUGAAAGGGCUCUUUGGUGGGGCCAAUCUGAUUAAAAAGAGUAGUAGGCGACCGGGGCUGAAGACAUGAUCUAUAUCAUUUAUGUGUCUAUAAGUUAUAGCUGCCUUGAUUUAUCACUAUACAUUAAUUAUUCUGAAGGAUGACCUGGUAUAAGAUUUGAUUUGAAUAUUCGUCAGGUCAGUAAGUGCUUUCUCGCAAAAUAUGUUUGUUGGGAUAUAUUACACAAGAUUCAAAUAGUACUGAUAAAUAUAUGUUCAGUGUUUGUAUCCAUUUUCUCUAUUUCUAAGAGUAAAAAGGUCAUUCAUUUUAUAAGUUUACUUUUUUGGUAAUUAAGCGGACUUUAGUUAUUUAGCAAAUAAACUGUGAGGAAACUGAUACAGAGAACAGUGUGAGAUUUUGUAAGUGAUUAUUGUGAAGUGAAGAAGUGAAGAAAUCAGAUAUAAAUACAGAUAAAUGGAAAGAAAAAGGAUGUCUCACUAGCUCACCUGGUAGUGCGUGAGGAAUUAAAGGCUGUUUACUUUAUAGCAGUUGUAAAAAAAAAAAAAAAUGACUUCACAACACCUUGACCUCCUCCUCUGCCUUCCCUGUAUAUCUACAAUUGUUACUGUUCAGUAAAGAUAACUAAAGCACCAAAAAUUCAAAAAUAUAUAUAAAAGAAUAAAAUAGUCUUUUUUUAGGAGAGGAUGUCAGCAGUGUUGCUUGAAUCCACAAAGAUCAGACAUAAAAAUAGACAUAUGCAAUCUGUGAGCUAUAAAUAGACCACUGAAAUGUUCCAGGUUACAAGGAUAAAAGUUGUCUUAUUGGUAGAGAAGUGCGCAGGUUUAAAAGUGUCAGAAUGAUGGAAAACUAAGACUGUGAGUUCAAAGGUUUAUUUAGCAAAGUUGUUUGUUUUUUUCAUUUUUUAAAAGUGGGACUCUCACUCCUUCUCUCCCCUUACCUCACCCACAGCUUUUUCUGUCAUCUCAUUGGUUAAGAAUACGUCAUUUGGCUUUAACUCAUGGUUUUAUUGUGUGUUUUGAUGGUUAUUUUUUUUUCAUUUAAUGGUUCGUUUAUGAGCUAAUGUCUCACCGGAAACUCAAAGGACAACACCAAGUGGUUGUUGAGUUACACCUUCUUUUUCUCAACCAGUCCUGUAAUACUGCCAAAGUCAGUGCCAUGUUCAGGAUUGUGUUGGGAUCUCGUCAGUCUGCUUCGUCUUUUGCUCAGCUCCUUUUAUUCUUAACUUCCUGUGCCUUUUUUUUCUUUUAUCCUUACUGUGACCUGUCAGCAUUUAAACACAGAUCUUCCUUUUUUAUUAUGUUAAUAUGUUGAGAAAACUGCUGUUAUGGAGUUUUGACCAAUCAAAAUUCAGUAUCUAACACAUCUGGGUAAUACAUGAAAAUAGAAUAAGAGAAAAAGAAGCUUUUGUGCUGUUCAGAGAUAACUAAUUAACUAUCUAUUUUAAAUGAUUGAAGGAAAUAAAGCCGAAGUGUUUCAAAUGGAAAAAAAUACAAUUUUUCUGUUUUUUAUGUAGUAACUUGCCAGAGAUGAUGAUGACCCCUUAAGCCUGAAGCUUAUCGGCCUUUAAGUGCAUCUGAAAUGCUGUCAAAAAGCGUAACAUAGCCAAAGUUUAUAUAUAUUUAAAACUGAAGACUCUGACCGCCUAUCUGACAUAAUUUUGGUGGAAAUGUAAAGCAAGAAAAUCACUCAGGUCUUAUGUUGGCGUUUGGUCGGGUCAGGGUUAGAAUUACAUCACAAUCAUUGUCAUUGAAUCAUGUUUGUCUUACCCAUCCUCAUUUAUGUUAACUUAAAAAUUUCCUCCUCAGAACCAGACCUGAAGAAACGCAUCAGAGUCCAUUUGCUGAACGCUCACGGUCUAGACGAGGCCGGCAUUGACGGUGGCGGCAUAUUUCGUGAGUUCCUAAACGAGCUCCUGAAGUCGGGCUUCAAUCCUAAUCAGGGCUUCUUCAAGACAACCAACGAAGGCCUGCUGUACCCCAGCCCCACUGCAGAGAUGCUGAUCGGAGACUCCUUUACAAGGCAUUACUACUUUCUGGGGCGGAUACUUGGAAAAGUGAGUCAGAGUUCAAAAAUGCAGGCUCUGUUGUGUCAUUUAUGACAAAAACAUGAUGUUUUUACAUAUUUAUCAUUAAAACAAGUAGAAACUCAGAAGAAAAGCAACACACUUACUGAGAUGUAGUCAUAAAGUGCAAUGAUUUGACACUCUGCAUCAGUUUUAAGGAUCUAUUGCAGUCAGUGUCAAGGCCGCCCCCACUCUAAAUGUAAAUUCAGAGGCUGUUUUGGUGUUUGGUCUGGAAGCUGACAAUGUUUAGAGAAAUUACCGUCAUUUGUUUCAAGAAAAGAUCUAAAGUUCGGGGCUGCAACAUGAACCUCUAACUCUACAAGCUGCAGUUAAGUUAAUUACCCCUGUGCAUAAUCUGUUGACAGCAUUGUUUUUUCGCAUCGCUUUCCUCCUCUGAUGGCACUAUUUAUUAAAGCCUAAUGUUUCUAAAUCAUCCCUAAUGCAUGUGGUAGUGAUUGUUUAUCAAGAUGCCUUCCUCCUGGGGGGGCCAUCAUCUCUGUCCAGGGAGGAAUUACCUCAUGACAAGCGGUCGCCUCUCAAUUAGGGCUUCCAUUAGCCGAUGAUUCCUACCUCUUGUUUGUGUAGUGAUUGCAUUGGGCUGGCACUAAAUCAGCAGGCCAGCACAGACAGGGCAUAAAUAAGCGUUCAAAGCAUGUGGUAAUAGCAUUUUGAUCUGUUUUACAGUCAAGAACAUCCAGGUCUCUUCUCUCUCUUGGUCCGGUCCACUUAUCAGACUAUCUUUACUCCUCCUCCUCCUCCUCCGUCUUCUAUUCUUUCUCUUCUUCUUCAUAUUCUUUGCAGUGAGAAAUGAUCAAUCAGCAGCUACGGGCGCUCCACUCCCCCUCUCAAUAUUGUGCUCUCAGUGGCUAAUGGUUCAGGCAAUUAGGCGGGGGGAAAUUAAUUUGAAUUUGACUUUCAAUUAACCCUACCUUAAGUUCCUCUUUCUCCAUAAAAAUGGACGUUUGAGUGGCCAUUUGAGGGGUGUAUUGAUAUUUGUUUAGUGCUGUUAUAGCCGGGAUAAAAGGCAAGCGUUUAUAUAGAUUGGGAUUGCAUCACCGCUGCUGCAAUGUGCACAGUGCACACUGCAGCUCAAAGGACACGGGAGAUUAAUAUUGUUAAUUAAUGUCCGAGGCGUGCCAUUGUUGUGGAGGUGAUGUAUUACAGGCAGGAGUGGCUUGUCUGGGGUACUCACUGAAAUGGGAUUGAACAUCAGAAUAGAGGCCGGUCAUCAUCCCUCUUCCUCACUUGUCCACCUCUGCUGACAGGCUGAAAGAUUUAAGACACAAAUGGUGAAAACAGGUUACUUUGCUUUUGUGGCUCCUUCGUUCCAGAUUAGAAUUACUUUUAAUCUUCUUGGAAGUCUUAAUGGGAGGAAUCGUGUUUUUUCAUUUGGUAAUAUGGCCUGUACGAGGCUCUUCUCGUGCCUCAUUUUUCUCUCAUUAGAACAAAACCUCCAGCCUCAUCAGAAGUGGCCUCUUUGCUCCGUAAACUACACGGGCGAGGAAACUUUCUCCUCCUCCUCCUCUAAUCCGAUACUCCCCUACAGAAGUGUGUAAGGUCGCUCUCCUGAUUGAUAGAGAUGCGUUUGAAAGGCAUUAUAAUUUUAUUGAUUCUUAAUGCUGUAAAUUAAGGAGCAUAUCUGGCAGCUAACAGAAUGCACCUGCAAUGUGGCUGGCAUUUACUCCACCUGAUGGUGCCACGAUCUGCUUUAAUUGCGUUGCCACUGCACUCACUUAUAUUAAAAGGCCCGGGCCAUGAUAAUUAAUUCCUUCCAGGCAGAGUCAUUUUGGCACAAUUUCUGGCAAUAAACACUCAUAAAUAAAGUAAGUGGCAUUGAAAAAAUAACGCUACAGGUUUUUUCCAUAUACUUAUUGCUGCCUCUUCCCGGCAUAAGUGUUAUUGAUAGGUUUCAAGGGGCCACGCUGCGCAUAUGGUCUGAAACGAGCAGCGGCCACGGGAGAAAUACUAAGUGGAUUAUUUUGCAUAAAAAAUAGACAAUGUUUGAAGUUGUGCAAUUAACCUAUGUUUAGAAAAUAGCAGUGAUUUAUGCCUGAGUGUGUGUUUAAGAUGCAUGCAUUAUGGAAAUCCUCUAGAUUUAUAAUCCAUUUAGCUGAUGCGGUCAGGGUUUUUAGCGCUAUCAUUUAUAAGGACCUGUAUAUUUUAAUGCCUCCUACGGGCUCUUUUUCGGACUAUUCCAGUACAUUAGCUCUGGGUUUUAUGAGUCACCUGCCCAGCUCUGGUUCUUAAUGGCAUUUCAGGUCAAGGUGAGAAUUGGCAUUUAUAAAGUUUGAGGCAGAUGAAACAGAAGCCGGUGUGUCUUAGAUGGAUUGUGUUGCAUGUUUUGCCUCUUUGUCACUUUGGUGUGAACAGAUCUACCAACAAGGCGCUUGAUUCUGUGAAACAGGCACGCUUAAAAAACUUAGCAAUGCUUUGUUUUGUUGAUUACAUGUUUAAAUAAGAACUUUGUGAUGCAGACUGUGGUCCAUAAUGUUAUCUUGAAUAUCUGCUUGCGUAUCAUUUAUCAGUCAAAUCACUUUUGGCUGUUCAUUUCUUAAACAUCAAACCAGUAGUUCUCAAGUCCAGUCCUCAAGCACCCCCAUCCUGCAUGUUUUGGAUGUUUCCCUGCUCCAACACACCUGAUUCAAAUGAUCAGCUCGUUAUCAAGCUCUGGAAUGGCUUAAUAACGAGCUGAUCAUUUGAAUCAGGUGUGGGCUCGAGGACUGGACUUGAGAACCACUGCAUCAAACCAAUAACCUGUACUAAAUCAACCUGUUUCAUAACCCACCUGGAAGUUACUUGCAGAGAUUUCCAUCAAUUUCAAAAAUGGCAAAAAUUUCUAUUCGGAAUCUAUGUUUAUCUUUGAAGCCAAGUCUUAUUUUUAACAAUAAAAUCUGUCUCGAUAUGACUACAGUAAACAGAUUUUCUUUUCUGUCUCGCUAUACUUUUCACCAGUUUUAAUCAAAGGGUCUAUUUGUUUUAUAAUCUCCACCUCAAAAUAUGUUAGCUGUAGCUGAGUUCAUAGACUCUGGAUGAUGUCCCGUCCACUUGAUGUCAUUGGGGAAACUCUGACUUUUUAAGUGAAACGUCGUUGUAACAGUUUAAAUGUACAAAGUGUUUUUUCUCGAGUGCAGAAGACCUCAGCAGAUACUUGGACCCCUAAUAAAGUUAUUAAAGGCUCAUAUAGAUGUUCUGUUUGUAAUUUUUAAAGCCUGCCAUGUUGAAGCUCCUGAAAGACAAAAGUGCAGAGACGUAACUGACUAAAUCUGGUUUUAUGAGAGGACUUGUUAAUCAGGCAGAACUUCAUUUUUUCUGUUUAAUUAAGUCAUGUUGAUUUCCCUUUUACAGGCGCUGUAUGAAAACAUGCUGGUUGAGCUGCCCUUUGCCAGUUUCUUCCUCUCCAAACUGCUGGGAACCAGUGCAGAUGUGGACAUCCACCACUUGGCAUCGCUGGACCCAGAGAUGUACCGUAACCUCCUCUUCCUCAAGAGCUACGAGGGUGAUGUAGAGGAGCUGGGCCUUAACUUCACGGUGGUCAACAACGAUCUGGGAGAGGCUCAGGUUAGAGAUUCCCUUGUUUUCUUUUUUUUUUCUGGUCAAUCUCAUUCAGCGAUCUGUCCUUCUCCUUGUUUGAGUCCUCUUUGUGGCGUUAAUAAUUCAUUUCCUUCAUGAUGUACCACUUUUCAGCCCUGAAAAGAGAUAAAGCACGUUCACCACUCUACUGCAGUGCAAUGAACACAGCCGCUCUGUUGACCAUUCCACCUGCAUAUCCUCUCUGAAAUUAUCUCUCAACACGCCUGACAGAAGCAACAUGUCGCUCUUAAGCACGUCCCCUCCAAAGCUCAAGGCUGCCGAGAUGAGCCGCCAGUGCCACUCUGGCUCACCCUGGCUGGGCUCAGACCUGCACUCUGUCAGGCUCUUGUUUGCUCAGGGCCUUAACGCGUCUUAUUAGCUCUUCUCAAACAACACCUGAAACGGUCGAGCUACAAUGUGGCCCUCCUGGUCACAAAUAGGGCAUCGCAAACACGAUAGGGAAAACAAUUUGUGAAAGAUUAGGCACACACGGGAGCAGUCUGCCCUCCAUUUGCCCCCGUGAGAUAACCAGAGCACGCAAGAUAAGGACGGUAAUUCUCUGACAUUAGCACAUAAUCAGAGUUCAGAGUGUGUGGGAGAGAAAAAAAAGCAGAAAAUGAUUACCUGUAAGUGAACCAUAUACUGUAUCAGAAUAACAAGUGGAGCUCCUUACCUCACAGCACAAUGUUACUGAUUAUCACUGCAUUGAAAACCCUUUGUGAAACUUAACAAUCAAUUCUUGUUAAAACUGCGUCAGAGACGGACUGAGUCACGUCUGUUGCUGCUUCUGGCAGCAUUCAACCAAAUAUCCUGUGAGAUGCUUUUUAAAGACCUAGAGCAGUAUCAGUGUUACUACUGCUGCUAGUUAUCGCUGAUAAACUCUGGUGCAUAUCCAGAAACUUUUCACCAAGAACUCUGGAUUUUUGAAGGGGAAGAAAUCUGAGAGAAACUGCCUUUUUGAUAUAGCGAGUAGUGCUGUCCCAAUACGAUAUUGAUAUCGGAUAUCGGUCUGAUAUCAGCCAAAAAACAAAUAUCGGAUUAUAUCAGCCUGCAUCUAAAAUCUCUGAUAUCAGCACUCCGAUACAAGCAGUCCAUUCCAGACUCCACUUCGGCACCUCUAGCUAGCAGCGCCUGGUUCCAGCAUGUAGAGCCCACGUAAUCACAACAACAGUGUGUACUAAGGUACAAACAAAGUAGCAAGGAGUUGGAGUGAUGUUGGCCCUGUGGCAGUAUUUUUUGUUUAAGCACAAAAAAGACAUAUCGGCCAAUACUGAAAGCCACUUUAUCAGUAUUGUAUUGGAAUCAAAAAGUUGUAUCGGAACACCCCUAAUAGAGAGUGUCCUAUUUUUCAUCCUACUGGAUCUUUAAUUGGUCUUAAAUACUGUUUCGAGAGUUUGGAAACCUUUCGUUUAGCCGCAUUUUAUAACGGCACAACAUUUGCAUGAAUGCAUCAAGCAAUCCCUCUCAAAGAAAAGAAAACGGAUUUCUACCAGGGGCUGCCUCUCACAGUCCAAAUACAGGCCUUGUUGGGUUAAUCGGUGACCUUAAAUUGCCAGUAGAUGUAAGUAUCUUCCUGAAUGGUUGUUUGUCUCGAUGUGUCGGCCCUUUCGGAAGGUUAUGCCUCAGUUUUGAUUCCAGCUUGUGGCUCCUCCUCUCCUACAUGUUACACCUUGCGCUUUCCCUCUAUUUCUUGCAUGCGUGUCCUAUCUUCUCUAAAGGAAUCAACAAAAGCCUCUAAGUAUAACUUGAAAAAAAUAUUAAAAUGGGCAUAAAAGUACAUCUGGUUUCCCAGGGUACAUUAUGAGCAAAAACAUGAUCACAUACCAAAAAUGGGGAGAGCAGUUUUGUAAAAAAAAAAAAAAGGACAAGUAUUUUGUUGUGCCCCCUGUAUCUGCAGUGAUGACAUCACACACCCUGCUUUAUGAACAGAGCUGAGCACAUCCUAUCAAGGGCUAACUGCUCUGCAGCUAAUGAAAAGAGAACUUGGGGCCAAAUUGUAUUGGAGCAGAUGUUCAUGGGGUGUGCUAAAUUUAGUAAGGCACUUAAGCACGCACACACUGAGCCAUACCUUUAAUCAGAGUGCUGCUGGAAAACAUUUUAAUUACUUUUGAGAGUGAAUUAAAUCCACCUGGCACUUUUACUGUUUGUGGGACAGUGAUUUGCAUAAUGAAGAAUAUGCAGUAACAUUUCUCGGGUGUGGUGAGUGUCAAGUAAGGCAAAGAAUUCAAAUCAAAAACUUUGCGUGUGUCUUUUUCGUCUCAGGUGGUGGAGCUGAAGCCCGGAGGAAAAGACAUUCCUGUGACCACAGCAAACCGCAUCGCCUACAUCCAUCUGGUGGCAGACUACAGACUGAACAAGCAGAUCAGACCUCACUGCCUGGCCUUCAGACAGGGCCUGGCCAAUGUGGUUAACCUGGAGUGGCUGCGCAUGUUUGACCAGCAGGAGAUACAGGUACGCCUAACAUGCGAGGGGAAACUGUCAAUCAACCUGCAGCUAAUUCACCACCGAGAGUUAAAAUAUGUUUUCUAAUGUUUUCAAUAGGUGCUGAUCUCUGGAGCUCAUGUGCCAAUUUGCAUUGAUGACCUGAAGAAGUUCACAAACUACUCAGGUAGGAGCAUUGCACUCUCUGAGCUGAACUCUGCAUGAUCAGUGUGUAGACUCUGUGUAAAACUUAGUCACAGAUUUUUAAUGAAACAUCGGAUAACAAAUGAUUUCAUCUCCUCCAUAUUUGUCUCCUCUAGGAGGGUACUCAGCCACUCACCCUGUCAUCCAGAUAUUCUGGGAGGUGGUCGAAGGCUUUACAGACGAAGAAAAGCGCAAACUGCUGAGGUUUGUCACCAGCUGCUCCAGGCCUCCACUCCUGGGCUUCAAGGUAAAUUUAAACUUCCUCCUCAUGUCAUCUUUCCUCACCUGUAUUCUCCCCCUCUGCAAAACAUAUACUACCUUGGCCUGCUUAAUGUAGGGUCUAUUUCAGACAAGAGUUCACAUCUGAAACUCCCUUUUUCUACCGAGGAUCAGGUCCUUCAGCUCACUUUCGCAAAAAAACAAAAUUUGGACAGUAUCAUCUUGAUCUAGAUUCAGAUUUUGAGGAUUACCAUAUCAUGGUGGAACUCAGAGCAGCAAUCAUACAGAUCAGCAGCAGUGGUAAUAAUCUAGCUUUUUUUUACUUGAAAAAUCUCAACUAGACCUACAGUGGUAGCCAUUAUAGUUACAGACAUCCUUGAACUUGCCUCUGUGAGUCAAACUUAGUGCCUGUUAAGUGUUCAAAGGUAAGUUGACACAGUUUGACAGUUGAUAAGAACAAACACAUUAAGAGUCCCAAAGCACAUCCUGUCUGGUGUGUAACCAAACAACCUGUGAUAAGGCAUUGUUUUAGAUAUUUUAAAAAGUGUACCUCUCAGCACCUCAAUAACGUGCCCAGCACAUGAAUAUACUCUCCUACAUUUGGCUUUUUGGCAACAUGCAGUUCUUUCCUGCUGCUGCUUUGAAUCCAAACUUUAUGUUUGAGAUUGUCAGCUGAUUGGUUAACUAUUUUAAGGUAGAAAAGUACUUUUAUUUACAGCCCUCGUGUCUAACUGAUCUACUUUUGAAUAAGUAAUUCUGUGGACAAUGGUAAAUGAUCUAUAAAAAGCGUCCAAAUGACCAGCUUAUAAAAAGGUUAUUUUAUUUAAUCAGUUUAAAAUUGGAUCAGUCUGAAUGCAGCUCUCUAAGGAGAUCAAAAUACUCUUGAUUUUUGGAUCAGCUUUAUCCAGGUCUAACUCCAAAGUUUUAAUCAGUAUAAGCUGCAGGUUUUAUCAGGAUUUUCUUUCUUCAGAACUUCGUAGCAGGUUGAACUUUUGAACGUUUGCCUUCUGAGUGACAUGACAGAGAGAAGCAAUUUCCGGUUAAAUGACUCCAGAAGGAGACCGAACCCCCCCACACAUCUCUAAACAUUGUCCCAGCAGUGCUGAUUCAUAACUGCUAACCUAUUUCUGAAAUGACUUUCUAAUUGGAAGCCGUUUCACUCUCUAAAAGACUUGAUUUGUGGGACAGUUGGGCAGUUUGAGAUGAGGGGGAAAAAUCAGAAAGUGUUGCUCCGGACCAUUAAAGAGUUUUUAUGAGUCUCACUUCGUCAAAGCAGAAGCUGUAAUCAUCAUAUGAUUGGUUUUAGUUCUCCUUAUGACUCCAAUCAGUUAUGAAAACCUAAUUGAAGUCCUGCAGCAUAUGAGGGAACAAAACUCUUCUUAAAAUCCUUUACUGCACCUCCUCAAAAGGUUUCACAGUUGCCUUCCCUCCUCGUUUAAUCAAUUUGACUUUGGCGAGCGCGUGCCUGUCCACCCUAACCCUCCUUCAUCGUAUCCUCUCUGGGACCAAUAAUUCGAUGGGAGGGGGGAACGGCCCCUGACCCGGCCCUCAGCCUGAGCCAGCGAAGCCUUAAUUAGCUGUCGUGAAGCAGCCCAGGAUUCAUUAGGGGAGAAAUAGCUCUGUCAGGAGAAGCCAUUUAAAAAAGAUGAUGGAAACUCUCUUUUUUUCCAAAAUGAUAGCCGAGGUAAUGGCACUUUCUCAAUAAGCAACGAUAGUUUAAUACGGUAAUUGUCAGAAAAAUGGGGUCGUUACAGCUAAGCCCCCAAAGAGCCAUUUAAUCGGGCGAGUAUGGCCGCUGAACCACACGGGCUAACUUUAAAAAAGUGGGAUGGAAUCAGGGCGGAGGAGUUUAUUGGCCGGUGUGGCUGGUGAUGGAAACGGUCGGUGUCACAGUCUGCAGAUGAGGUGGCCUCAUCGCAGGGAAGCUUGAUUUAAAAAAUGCCAGAUAGACAACAUGAAACGACCAUUCCUCCUGUGUCUCAUCCAGGGGUCAAAGCGUAGGCCUGCUUCCUGAACAGUACCUAUCAAGCGCUAACCUGAUUUCCUAAAUUUAUACCUCCUUAACGCUUAAUGCCUCUCUUUAAACAUUUAUCCCCUGCUGGAAUUUGACAUUUAUCACUUAAUGGGGAUUGCUUUGGACAUUGCGAUCAUCAACACAAGUCGAUUCCCGUCUCAUCUUUUGUCGUGUUUUUUAAACACCUUUAAAAUGUUCCAGUAUGACUGUGACUUCAACUAAUUUAUCAGAAACCUCGAUUAUGACCCUCACAGGAGCUCUACCCGGUCUUCUGCAUCCACAAUGGCGGCACUGACCUAGAGCGCCUCCCCACCGCCAGCACCUGCAUGAACCUGCUCAAGCUCCCCGAGUUCUGCGACCAGCACCUGAUGAGAAACAAGCUGCUUUAUGCCAUCGAGUCAUCCGCCGGGUUCGAGCUGAGCUGAGGAGGGCGGAGGCUUCUCUGUCCCUGCAUCCGAGGACUCAACGCCACUGGAUAAAAAAAAGCAGCUUUGGAGAGAAAGAUUUAUGAGAGAAGAUACAAAAAAAUGAGGAAGGGCAAACAGACGAUGCGCUGACCUGCCUGAUUUUUGUGUGUUUUGAGUGCCAAGCCUGAGAGAAAAGUUGCAAGGAUGAGGCAGGGUAGGAAGCCUUUUUAAAAACUCUUUUAAGUAAUUUAAAUGUUUAAGUAAUCACAUGUCAGAACUCUUCAGAAUAAAAACAAAAAGGAUGAUUUUUUGCAGAAAAUCUCAUGCACGUGUGGACAUUUUUCACCAAAGAUUAAGUGGCAUCAUUUAAAAAGGCAAUAUAAACAGACAGAGAGACAGGGGCAGACUGUAGGACUCUAAAAGCCACCUCAUGGUGUGCCAAGGGCUGCGGAGAUGGAGGAGCUUUGUGUUUAGCCUUCAUGUAGAGGUCUUCAAAACUCCAGAUUUUGUGAUUUCUCCAUUAGUUAUUAUAACUAUAGAUAACCGCCAUGUCUGAUAACCAUACUGUUAGUGUGCACACGCAAUCUCAAGUGUGUAAUCGGCUUAGAUUUGGGGUAAAUAGUCUAUUAUAAUGGAUUUGUGAAUAUGUAUAUGUUUACAACUGCUCUUGUAUUAUUCAUUUAUUCAGUAUUUGUACAGGUUUGUUUUUUCUUUCCUUUGUGUGAUGAUGAAUGGAGGUCUUAGUACUCACACAUGCUCGCUAAGGUGAACAAUCUCUUUCCUGGUCAAGAACAAGGCUCAGAGAUGAUCAGUGUACCAACAGGGUUAAAAAAGCAGAGUGUAUGGAUAUGAAUAAACCCACUUUUCUUUUUGCAUUUUCCUCCUUUUAGUCUCUUUUUCUUGCAGUUGGUAAUUUACAGUAAUGACCGAGACAUAAAAUGGUGCUUUGUGGGAAAAUCUCCUUCUGAGUUUUAUGGCCUCUGACAUAUAAUUAAAGAAACAUCCAGUUAAGAAACACUGAGCAGAACUAUUCUGGCCUUGAGAUGCAUUAUCGGGCUGAGCACAAAUUAAGAUUGUGUGCGUUGGUCAUAAAUCUCCCUGCCCUCUGAUUCAGGAGGAAGAUUUCCGUCCCUCUUUGGACCGAGUCCAUGUCUCCAUCCUCUCCUCUCUGCUGAAACAGCCAACUCAGAGCCCAGACCCCGCACAUCCGCCGGGCCAGGGAACUCAAAGUGAUAAUUGGGUCUUAAAAAGCGGACUUGUCAUUGAAAUGAGGGAUUCAUCUCAAUUACUCAGAGAUUUAUUUAAGACUAUUACCUCGUGAUGGAUUAUAACUGACAAAGUUAAUGCAGGAUGUUAUGAAUCAUCCUCACUAGGUAAUAUACUUUAGCUUGCUGGUAGGCCUUUUAAGAGCUAAUUGAAGCUUUUAAGCUUGUUUAUCUUCCUGCAGAGUAGGGAAACAUCAAAAUCACUUGAGGUGGGUUGAGGAUUGCAGCCUAUUUUGCAGAGGAUUACUUUGAAGUGCAAUCAGCUGUGCAUGGCUGCAAAGUGAGCUUUUAACUAGUAAGAGUGUGCGCUACAUAGAGGCAUAUCCAAAGAAUGAAUCACAUCUGAUUCAGCCUUUAAUGAGCAGGUAACAAAUCAUAAGACAGGAUGACUUAUACUGCCUCAUGGAGAGGAGUCUUUGCACCACUCUGAGGGUUUUGUUUUGACAGAGUGCCAUCUAGUGGUGUGGAAAUGGAACUGCAGUGAAUACUGACGUACCGUGACAUUUCACACAAAUUUAAUUGCUUAUUACAAAGAAUAGGGUAAGAAAUUAUGGGAAAACGAGACAGUCUAUGUGUUAUGUCAAAGUUUCUAAUGUAAAACUUAAGCUACCAUACCUGUACAUUUGUAACAGCCAGCAAUGAAGUAUGUUUCAAGAACUCUUCAGUUUCUAAAAGGUGUAUUUUUAUGAAAUAAAAGUGUCCUUGCAGUAGUUUUACCUAGUAUGAAAAAUCCAUGUAAGUUUAUCUGAUGCAUUUAUGUGUUUCAUGUACAUUAUGGUACUGUGAGCAGGGAAAACAUGACAAAUUCUACCAGUUUGCUAUGUUUACUCAGAGACAGAGCCCUGGAUGUAGUUGGAUUGGUUUCUGCACAAUUCUCGACCUUUUCACUGAAAUCAUAACAAAAAGUUGUGUUUGUAGAUGCAUUAAUUAGAUGUGUCUUAACAAACUGGUGAAAAAGGCUGGCUCUGUGGUAGGACUAAAGCUGGACUCAGUGGAGGACGUGGUGGAGAGAUCUACACUGAAGAAGGUGGAGACUAUUCUCAAGAACAUGGAUCACCCACUUCACAACACCUUGAUGGACCAAAGGGCCAAUGGUGGUGGACGGCUCCUCUCUCUUUGCAGCAGGACAGAAAGAUUCAGAAGAUCUUUUGUACCUACGGCCAUCAGACUUUAUAACUCUUGUGUAAAUAAUAGAUAACUUUUAUAGACAUAUUAUGUGAAACAACAGACAAUUGAAUUUCCCUUCUGGGAUUAAUAACGUUCUUCUUAUCUUAAA